UUUCUAGUUUUUGCCAUUGUUUUGACGGCUGACGGCUCCUUUGCCAUCCUCCGCCUUAAAACGACCUUUUUUCCUCCACAAAGAAAACCCAAAAACGAAGAGAGGGGAAAAAAAGGACAAGUUCACAGAUUCGUCUCCUUUCUUUCAAAGAAGCAUCCUUGUUUAUUCCAAACCCACAGUUACGAAAUCUCCCAAGACAAACUGUUUGUUGUUCCUAGGCCCGAGUUAGAUACAUAUAUUCUGUAGUUCUAGGGUUUCGAGCAAACAGUUUUCGAUUGAAUCAUCAUCACGUCUUCGAUCAAAGCCAAAUGGACUGGGGAAACGUAACCGCAGAGGAUCUGAUCGAAGCUCUGCGUGAGGUCGAUUGGUCAUCUCCGCCGCGGCCGCCCUCAGAAUUCUUCUCUAGGUUUACUGUCCCCCGAUCGUACUCCAAAUGGAACAGUCGCCUCAAGUGCAAUCUCUACUACUAUAGGACGAAUUACUUUAUAAUGAUCACUGUCAUUCUUGGUUUGGGAUUUCUUAGGAGGCCACUUGCUAUUGUUGCUGCAUUGUUGACUGCUCUAAGCAUCGCUUUUCUGAAUGACAGCUUUGCAGGUACUUUUAGUGAAAAGAUUACAAGAACUGUGAGACAGUUUUCUCCUCAUUUAGCUGCAAAAAUGAGGCCUCCCCUGACGCCUGUUAUCAGAGGACGCCCAUCAGCGAAGAGAACAAUUCAUAUAUGUGGGCGGCCACGCUGGGUGUUUGUAUUGGUGUUUUCAACUGUGAGUUUCAUCCUUUGGUUUGUUUCUUGUGGCCUCUUAACUCUGUUAUGGGCUUUUGCUAUUGGCCUUCUUGCCACUGUCCUUCAUGCAAGCUUUAGGACACCCAAUUUGAAAGCUCGUCUAAACACAUUCCGAGAGGAAUUUCGUGCGGUUUGGCGGAAUUACAGUGAGCUGUAGCUUUUUGAAAUUUACUGGACGGGGCUUUAUGUCAUUGGUGAAGAUAAAGCUUCCUUGUUCCUACUUGUGGGGUUGGUUGCUAUUCUUGGUGCUACGUCUGAUCGUUUUCUGCAACAUGGCAGCUGGAUUCUGAUGUAACUCUUUUGCAGAUGUUGCAAGUUGUAUAUCUUUCCAUAAAUCAUCUAGCUGAAGAGGCUGCUUAAUCGAUGAUAGGAUAUUAAGAAAUCUUUGGCGAUCUAUGUGCAAAAUUUACUGCAGAAUCCUUGGAAUGCUUUGGUGAAAUCUAUUCUAGAUUUUCUAGGGUGCUCUUUUUCCAAUCAUCCAGUUAGUAGGAAUCUGUUAGAAACAUAACGGUUUACGUCAAUGCUGUGCACAUGUAAUGCCUUGUUGCUCUGUAAUCUGCCGGACUGCCAGUACUUCGUAUUGGUAAAAUUGUCGAGCACACUUAGUUUUGUUCAGUAAUUCUGGUAUUAUGGAUAAUUACUUCGUUUUGUUCAGUAA